ACUGCACCGCGCGACGGCAGGCAAAGGAGGAGAGGUGCGAACGGCGAGGGAGAGCAUGCAGAGCAUUUGCCGCAGCUGGGACCCGCAUGCAAGGAAAGUGAGAGGUGAAAAAAUAGGAAACACUACUGGAAAGCAGCCUAAUCCCAAAGGAACGUACCGUCCCUACGAGAAAAAAAUACACCGGGACAGUUGUGCAGGACUAAUGUAAAAAAGCCAGAAAAAAAUCCUAGGGUUCCUGGCACUUUGUCCGAUACUGUUAAUGAAGAAGAUUACGUCAGGACAGUGUUUACUUUAUUAAUGAAAAUAGCCACAACACUGCAAAAAAAAUGAAGCAAAUAUAUGUUUUACAACCUCUGAACAUUUUCUGGAACUUAAUGCAAGUGUUGCAUCUUUCUGACAAAAUAGUACUUUGACUUCUUGUGAACAUUAGUGCUAAUGGUACACAUUUUUGAGGCUUUGGAUUGCUUGUAUUUGAGAACAGCAAGCUAACAUAACAUUUUAAAUGUUCCAAAAACAAAAGCAAAACUGUUCCAAAUCCUCAAACACAAUUAAGGAAUACCUACAUCAAAUAAAAAUGCUUCUGAGAUAUCAACUAAGAUGAAACAGAAAACAGGACGCACUGGUUCUAAGGACUAAGAGAUACAUUUAUACUUGCUAAGGAUGCAUAUAAGGUCCUUCUCUGACUUCUCUGCUUUUUGAGGUUAAGGCAGAAUAUUUUGUUCCAAAGUUUGAUGUUAUGAAGUGGAGCUGAAUUUGUGGCUAGACUUGCCCAGUAUUGAAAGGAACAAUGGCUGCAGGGGUGGCAACUUGGCUGCCUUUUGCAAGGGCAGCUGCUGUGGGAUGGCUUCCACUGGCAAAAAAGGCCAUGCCUAAGGCCCCAAGUGACAAUAAGAGACGUAGUGAUGAAAUUCUGAUUGUAAAUGUUAGCGGGAGACGAUUUCAAACCUGGAAAAAUACCUUGGACCGGUACCCUGACACAUUACUGGGAAGUUCAGAGAAAGAAUUUUUCUACAAUGAAGAAACCCAGGAGUAUUUCUUUGACCGGGAUCCUGAGAUGUUCAGGCAUAUCCUGAACUUUUAUCGCACUGGUAAGCUUCAUUACCCUAGGCAAGAAUGCAUUGCAGCUUAUGAUGAGGAACUUUCAUUCUUUGGGAUUAUUCCAGAAAUUAUUGGGGAUUGCUGUAUGGAGGAGUAUAGAGACAGAAAGAAGGAAAAUGCUGAAAGGCUGGCAGAGGACAAUGAGGCUGAAAUGGCAAUCGAUGCCCCCCUUCCUCCAAACAGCACAUUCCGUCAGAAGUUAUGGAGAGCUUUUGAAAACCCCCACACAAGCACUAUGGCCCUAGUGUUCUACUAUGUUACAGGAUUCUUUAUAGCAGUCUCUGUUAUUGCCAAUGUUGUAGAAACAGUUCCUUGUCGGCCUCAUCCUGGAAAGGUCAGGGACAUCCCUUGUGGGGAGAAGUUUUCCCUUGCAUUUUUCUGCAUGGACACAGCUUGUGUGAUGAUCUUCACAUUUGAGUACCUGAUGCGUCUGUUUGCCGCCCCUAGUCGUAGCAAAUUUAUGCGAAGUGUCAUGAGUAUCAUCGACGUGGUAGCUAUCAUGCCAUACUACAUUGGUCUAGUGAUGCCCGAGAAUGAAGACGUCAGUGGGGCUUUUGUCACCCUCAGGGUCUUCAGGGUUUUCCGAAUCUUCAAAUUUUCCCGUCAUUCCCAGGGCCUUCGGAUUUUAGGAUACACACUGAAGAGUUGUGCCUCAGAACUUGGCUUUCUCCUUUUUUCCCUCACCAUGGCCAUUAUCAUUUUUGCUACUGUCAUGUUCUAUGCCGAGAAAGGCACCAAAGAAACUCAUUUCACUAGUAUUCCUGCCUCUUUUUGGUACACGAUAGUCACCAUGACAACACUUGGGUAAG